AGUUGAGCACUACCAGUCUUAUUUUCUCAACCACCAAAACCAUUCUCAUUCCCCUUAUUAAAUACUGUUCUACGAGGCCAUACUUCCCAUACCUCUAAACACCCUGCUUAUUUCUUGAAUGAGUGAAUGAAAUGGGGGACCAAAAUAACAAAUCAUCACAUGCCACUAGUGAAGAUACUAAAACUAAAGGUACUAUAAAAGGACAAGGUUCGCGACCAGAUUUCUCCGAGGACGAGGAAAGUCUCAUUGCUAGAAUGUUUAACUUGGUUGGAGAGAGGUGGUCGUUAAUUGCUGGGAGAAUACCAGGAAGAACAGCAGAAGAGAUAGAGAAGUACUGGACUUCAAGAUAUAGCUCAUCAUCAACUGAGAGAUGAAGUUUAGUCACCCAGAAACUUUUUACUUCUAGACAAAUGGGUUUCUGCAAUGUUUAAGAUAUGGUGUAAAAUUAACUGCAUGGCUUUGGAAGCUAAAGCUUUAGUUAUCGUUUAGUCAUAUGUUUACUUUUAGAAUGAGUUUGCCUUUCGGAUUUGUUAUAUUAAAAAAUAUUACCUUGAUUAGAUUAAUUCUAAUAGUACUUUCAGCUUCUUUAUUUUCGAGAAAAGAUUGCAGAGUAGUUGAUAGCUCUCUGGAACUUCUCGAUAAUGGAUGUGAGAAAUUUUUGUCUAGCUCUGUCUUUCUUGGUUUUAACUGGUGUGUAGAAUUUGAGAGCGGAUUAUGAAAUGUAACUCUCUCUUAAAUGUUUGAUGAAAGAUCAUUUAAACAGCUAUUAAA